AUCCAAAUCAUCGGACUAGAGAGGAGCCCGACCCUUCUCCGAUUCUUGAGAAGCUGGAUCCUUUCAUAAACACCCCCAGGAAAUUGUAAUUAAUUCGGAUGCAGCCUAGCAGAAUGGGCAAAUCGUUAACCGGAAGCGCCAGUCGAGACAGCCUUGGCGUUAUCUUCUCUCUCUCUCUCUCUCUCUCUUCAUCUGUUCAUAUGUACUCGCCAUAUAGCAGACAGAAGCAGAGUCGUGUCCAGUAGUUCGUAUUCUGUAGAGGUUUUCGCUCUCGCUAAAAUUUCUUCAGAUUUUUCUUUAAGUAGCUUACCAUGACUUCCAGAACAGAGACAUAUUCAGAUUCCAUAAACCCUCAAGAUGUUUGCAUCGUUGGAAUUGCACGGACACCCAUUGGUGGCUUCCUUGGAUCCCUUUCAUCGUUUUCAGCUACUCAACUAGGUUCUAUAGCUAUUGCAAGUGCUCUUAAAAGGGCAAAUGUUGAUCCGUCACUGGUGCAAGAGGUUUUCUUUGGAAAUGUUCUCAGUGCAAAUUUAGGUCAAGCUCCCGCUAGACAAGCUGCAUUAGGAGCUGGUAUACCUAAUUCUGUGAUUUGUACCACCAUCAACAAAGUUUGUUCAUCAGGGAUGAAAGCAACAAUGCUUGCAGCACAAACUAUCCAAUUAGGAAGCAAAGAUGUUGUUGUAGCUGGUGGCAUGGAAAGCAUGUCUAAUGCGCCUAAAUAUCUAGCUGAAGCAAGAAGGGGAUCUCGGCUAGGACAUGACACUAUCAUUGACGGGAUGCUGAAAGAUGGUCUAUGGGAUGUUUACAAUGAUUUUGGAAUGGGCGUAUGUGCAGAGUUAUGUGCUGAUCAGCAGAACAUUACAAGAGCAGAGCAGGAUGCUUAUGCUAUUCAAAGCUUUGAUCGCGGAAUUGCUGCUCAAAGAAAAGGUGCCUUUGCGUGGGAAAUCAUUCCAGUUACUGUUGGGGGAAGAGGGAAACCGGCUAUUAUUGUAAAUGCAGAUGAAGGCCUAGGAAAGUUUGAUGCUGCAAAACUAAGGAAGCUUCGACCAAGUUUCAAGGAGAGUGGGGGUUCUGUUACAGCUGGCAAUGCUUCUAGCAUAAGUGAUGGUGCUGCUGCAUUAGUGUUAGUGAGUGGUAAGAAGGCAAGUGAACUUGGAUUACAAGUGAUUGCGAAGAUUAGAGGAUAUGAUGAUGCGGCUCAGGCACCUGAGUUAUUUACAACUGCUCCAGCACUUGCUAUACCGAAAGCCAUCACAAAUGCUGGCUUGGAGGCAUCACAAAUUGACUAUUAUGAGAUAAAUGAAGCCUUUUCUGUUGUGGCUCUUGCUAAUCGGAGGUUGCUCGGUAUUAGUCCUGAAAAGUUAAAUGUGCACGGUGGAGCAGUAUCUUUGGGACAUCCACUGGGUUGUAGUGGUGCUCGUAUCUUGGUCACAUUGUUAGGGGUACUGAGACAUAAGAAUGGGAAGUUUGGGGUUGCUGGAAUCUGCAAUGGUGGAGGAGGAGCUUCUGCCAUUGUUGUAGAGCUAAUGCCGGUUUUGAAGGUGGGGCGGUCCUUAUUAUGAAGGUAUGUAUCUCUGUAUGUGUGAGACGGCUUUCAAGAGCAUUCAGGGCUCCUGCUUCGAAGUUAUGGUGAUAUUGCGGUCUCUUCUCGCGUGCCAAGUACACUAGAGUUGGCAAAGUUUGUUCUUCAAUAUCCACAGCUGUAGAGUCUCUCCCAUCAAUAAGUAUCUGUAUGUCAAGUAAAAGAGCUAUAUCAAUAACAACGAACAUCAGGAUUAAUUCCUUUGUGUCUUUCCCUUGUGUUUUUUUACUAGUAACUUUCUGGUGAUGAUAUAUCCAUUCAUUAUCUGAAAUAGAGCAAAAUGUACUUGGAGAAUGGUGGGAUGGUCGCAUUUGCUUGAAACCAAAUCCCAUUCCUGAAAACUUUUGUGCUCUUUCCGUGCU